CCUCCCCAGCUCCGGCGCAGAGGAUAGCACCAGGUAGUUGGAGAGAGACCGGAGACAAGUGUGGGGAGCCGUGGAGGACAUAAGCUUUUUCCUUGGUCUUCCAGAUAAGUAGCACCUCAAAGAUGAUGAGUUACUACAUGGACACAGCCAUUGGCAACACGGGCCCUUAUCCUUUGGCUCGCCCUGGAGCGAUGAAGCAAGGUGCUGGCAGCUGCUAUGAGGACCCCUGGAUGCCGUGCAGGCUUCAGUCAGCCUGCUGCCCACCCAGGACCUGCUGCCCACCGUGGGACGAGGCGGCCAUCCAGGAGGUGCCCACCGGCCUGGAGCACUACAGCACAGAUAUGGAAUGUGCAGAUGUGCCUUUGUUAACUCCCAGCAGCAAGGAAAUGAUGUCUCAGGCACUGAAAGCCACCUUCAGUGGCUUCGCAAAGGAGCAGCAGCGGCUGGGAAUCCCCAAAGAUCCCCAGCAGUGGACAGAGACGCACGUGCGGGACUGGGUGAUGUGGGCAGUGAAUGAGUUCAGCCUGAAGGGAGUGGAUUUCCAGAAGUUCUGCAUGAACGGAGCUGCCCUCUGCGCCCUGGGCAAGGAGUGCUUCCUGGAGCUAGGGCCCGACUUUGUGGGAGAAAUCCUUUGGGAACACCUGGAGAUCUUGCAGAAAGAAGAGGCAAAACCGUACCCAGCAAAUGGAGUGAAUGCAGCGUAUCCAGAAUCCCGCUAUACUUCAGACUACUUCAUUAGUUAUGGCAUUGAGCACGCACAGUGCGUGCCUCCCUCCGAGUUCUCCGAGCCCAGCUUCAUCACAGAGUCCUACCAGACCCUCCAUCCCAUCAGCUCGGAAGAGCUUCUGUCCCUCAAGUACGAGAACGACUAUCCCUCAGUCAUCCUGCGUGACCCCGUCCAGACGGACUCCCUGCAGACAGAUUACUUCACGAUCAAACAGGAGGUGGUGACGCCGGACAACAUGUGCAUGGGACGUGCCAGUCGAGGUAAACUGGGUGGCCAGGACUCCUUUGAGAGCAUAGAGAGCUACGACAGCUGCGACCGCCUGACGCAGUCCUGGAGCAGCCAGUCCUCCUUCCAGAGCCUGCAGCGCGUCCCCUCCUACGAUAGCUUUGACUCGGAGGACUACCCCACCGCCCUGCCCAACCACAAGCCCAAGGGCACCUUCAAGGACUAUGUUCGAGAUCGGGCUGACAUGAACAAGGACAAGCCUGUCAUUCCUGCCGCUGCCCUCGCCGGCUACACAGGCAGUGGACCCAUCCAACUGUGGCAAUUCCUGCUGGAGCUGCUCACUGACAAAUCCUGUCAGUCCUUCAUCAGCUGGACGGGCGAUGGCUGGGAGUUCAAACUUUCUGAUCCAGAUGAGGUGGCCAGGCGGUGGGGCAAGAGGAAAAACAAGCCCAAGAUGAACUAUGAGAAGCUGAGCCGUGGUCUGCGUUACUAUUAUGACAAGAACAUCAUCCACAAGACGGCCGGCAAGCGCUACGUCUACCGCUUCGUCUGCGACCUGCAGAGCCUGCUGGGCUACACGCCGGAGGAGCUGCACGCGAUGCUGGACGUCAAGCCGGAUGCUGACGAGUGAAUUCUGAAGAGCUUAUGGGACUUCAUCUUUUUUUUUUUUUUUUUUUUUUUUUUUUUUUUUUUUGCUUUUUUUCGUUAUUUUUUUUUUGUCAGAGAGCAACUCAGAUUUGAUGCUUGGAGGAUGUUGGGAGAGAGGGUGGCGGGUGAGUCGAACUUCUGGUUGGAAUAACCUUAAAAGUUUGGUUCGGAGAAGGAUGAGCCUUUGUUUGCUGAGAGCUCCAGGACAGGCUUCUUUGGGUAAGAUUCUGAGUUUUAAGAAAGCCAGAACGAUGUAGCUCACUUUAAAAAGGAAAAAAGAAAAAAAAGAAAAAAAGAAAAAAAGCAAACAGAAAAACCUCCCCAUCCCUCGCUGGUUAGAAAAAAUAUUAACAAACCCUUUUGGCUUUUGUGCUGUUGGCACAACAAACUGACAGUUGAGGAAAUGACAGUAUUCCUAAGGAUUUGAGGGCUUAAAACUUGCUUUUUUUUUUUUUGGGGGGGGGGGGAGGGGGGAGAGGGGGGAGGGAAAACGAAAGUGGGGGAAACUUCCUGCUUUGGGGAGGGGCAAUAUAGGAAAAAACCCAAGAACUGUUGUUGUUCUUGUUGCAUUGCCUUUCUGUCGAUUGUCUUCUUUUAUACAAAGGACAGAUUUUUUUUCUAGGAGGGGUCACGACUCUUUUUUUAAAAAAAAAAAUCAACAAAAAAAAUUGUUAAAAUUUUAUUUUAUUAAAUUUUGUGCCAGUAUUUUUAUUUUUUUUUUUAAAUAGUCUUAAGCUCUAAGAUGGUCUCAGUAUUGCAAUAUUGUGUGUGUUUGUUUCUGUUAUGCCAGCAGAGUUUUAUCACAGUGAGGAAAAAGAGAAAAUGGUUUCUGUAGACCCCACAGGAGAAGGGCAGCGCUGCAGUCAGUGCUUUUUGGGUGGGAUGUGAUGGAGCCCCAGCUCUGCUGCUGCUGGCCGGGGGUCUCUGCUCCCAUCCUGCAGCCCUCGCGCUCUGCUCUGCUCUGCUGUGUGCUGCUAAAGCUGGGUGAGAUUUCCAACAGCACCUUUUUGUCGUUGCUGUUCAAAAUAAGUCUCUCUCUUCCAUCUGCUCCUUGUGCAUGCAGUGACUUUCCAAAGCUUACCGAGGUUUUUGCAGUGAAAAUGGCUUUUGUGUUUUUCCAAUGGAGUUUUUGCUCCAAGCUGAAUGUGGCUCUGGGCAGCCUGGUCCGGUGGUUGGUGACCCUGCACAUAGCAGGGGGGCUGAAACUAGAUGAUCAUUGUGGUCCUUUUCACCCAGGCCAUUCUGUGGUUCUAUGAGGAACACUUGGGUGCCUUCAGGAAUUUUCUCAUUUUUUGGAGAGGAGUGGGGAGAAAUCCCUGGAUGUAAAUGAAAAUUGCAGAAGUCGGUGAGGGGAAAAAAUCAGGAAAACAUUGGAAAACCAAAAGGAAACGUUUCUUCCUUCCUGUUUUGAGCAGCUCCGUCUUUAUUGCUGUAUGUCUUAACCAGCAUGGGCACCAGCAGAAAGGAAAUUGGCCUUUGCAAAUGGGAUCUUUACUGCCCUUUGUGAGCCUGAUCCGCAAACCGUGUCAGGGUGUGAUGAACAUGAAGCCCAUGACUGUUGGUGGUGGGGUUGGUGACACAUCUCGUGCUUGCCUGAAUGCAGGAGAGCAGCACAAUCAGUUCUGAGGCGCUGCUCCUGUGUGCUGAUUUUUUUCUACCCCAUUUACCUGCACUGGAGUGAGUCUCACUCUGCUGGGCAAAGACCCCGCAGGGCUGUGCUCAGUGUGGCACUGCAGACUCAGUGGUAAAAAUUAACAGUCCUGGAGGUGACCCCAGGGCACAACCCGUGCAGGUCUGGCUGUGGGAUUGGGGUGUUUGCCCCAAAGAGCUGUUGGGCAUUUUAUUUUUAAAGACAGUAUUAUGCAUUUGAACCAAAAGUAGCUUUUUUUGUGUGUUAUUCGUCCAUCUGAGUGUCUUGUGCAGCUGCAUCCACCCAGAGGCACUGCUAGGAGGAAGAGGAGGGUGGCUUUCGGGAGAGCUGGUAGAGGGGGUGCAGAUGGAGGUGUAGGUAAGGGAGGAUGUUGGGUACGCUCACAGCGUUGGGGCUACAUGUUGUCCCACUGAGCAUGUGCAAAAAAGUAGUGGGACAGAUGGAAAGGAAGGAAAAUAGGAUGCAAGGACAGUGAAAGGUGCAUGCACCAAAGGAGGGGUGGCCCACUCCUUCACUAACUGCCUGCUGGGAGGUGAAAGGCAGGUGGGGAAAGCAGCUCUGAGCUGGAGGGGAGGGAGGACAACGUGGGCACUGGGGAGCCUGGGUGAGAACAGGCACCACAGCUUUACCCAGCAGGGACUGGCUCACCGAGGGGCAGAGCCAAGGGUUGCUGCAGCUGCUGGGCAAAGGGGCAAAGAAAUGGCACAGAAACAGGUGGCAGUGGAUUAGUGAAAGGGCAUCCCAGCAGGACAUGGUAGCUUUGUAGGGUUUUCAGCACUCGGUAGGAUUUUCUUAGGCUUUUGGUGUUGCUCUCUUGCAUGCAACUGCAAAGCGUGCUUUGCUUACAGAAUCCCCCUUCCAGCCCCACGUGCUGCUACAUGGCUGAGCUCCUGCCUGUGGCAUCACACCAUGCCUUAAGAAAUGCCUCCUGCUUGGCCCUGCUGCAGCUGAAGUGCCUUUUUCAAGCAGAAAACAGGGAUAACAUUUCACUCUGAUGGAAGGAGUCAGAGUUUUGGGUACCAACUCCAUCAUUCCACCAGGCCAAAUCCCUCAUCUCCCAGUUUGCUGUUUUCUUCAACUCUUUAUUCCCAUUCUAGAGACCAUCCCAGAGAGGGCUGUGUGCUGUUUAUACACUGGAAAUGUGAGGAUUUGUUUUUGUUUCUUUUUCUUUUUCGUCCCACUUUUGUAAUUGCGCAUUGACUUUCGGAGAGGGAGGUGUGACCUCCUGUUCUUCAAGGCCAUGAAAGUUUGGUGAACUCACACACAAGCUGAACCAGCAGGAUGUGUUUGAGAGGGAGCUGCCAGGGAUGGGACUCGCUCCUCUGCUGGCUGCUCUGCAUGGCAGUGAGCUCCAGCCUUGGCAGAUCCAGGUGGCACUCAGGAAUUGUGUUUGGGUUUGUCUUGUUCUGGAAGAUUUCCAGUGAUUUGGAGUGUUUUCUUUGUCCUGCUUCUGAUCUGCUGUUUUUUGGUGUCUGACCAACUGGGGCACAUCCCCUUCACCCGCUGCGUCCCUUUUGUCCCCUUUGUCCCCCAGCCAGGGGAGUGCAGCUCUCUGCACUGCUGUGACUUUCCUUUCCCAAAGGUUUUUUAAGGUGCGUUUCCCAAAGAAAGAGUCAUUUCAAAGAUCAGGGGAAAGAGGCCCCAGUAAGAGAUAUAAAAUGCUGGAAAAAAAAGCAAGCAGGUCUGCCUAGAUCUAUCCUCCAUCUCUGUGUAUGAUGACUGUAACCAGUGCAGAGCCGUGUGUGUGCAAGUGCAGAUCCAUUUAUUUACGCACUACCACCAUCCAGCUCCAGGCAUGGUCACACAUGAAGUCACUUCGGAGAAGCGAUAGAAUCAUUAAGAUCCAAAAAGACCACGAGGUCACCAUGUCCAACCCCAACCAUCCUCACCAUGCCCACCAAACCAGAGAGUGGUUAGGUGAGAAUCAGCAAAUAUCACACAGUUUCACCUCUUCCCCUAUUCCCAAACCAACUCCGGAUCCGCAAAGCAAUUCUGGUUAGCACCAAACAAUGCAGAGGCUGCAGGAAGCAUCUCCACUUUCUGCCUCGUUGUCUUCUGGAGGGCUUUUCUGCACAGCUUUGGGGCCUGGCUGCCACGUUGCUGUGAGCAUCACAAGCGUUGGGUUCCUCAGUGCGCUCUGCUCCCUGGUGGGGUCUUUCCAACAUCCGUGAGCUGUUGUCUACAUUCCAAAGAGGUCUAAAUAAAUGAUAAAUCUAUGUAUGCAUAUAUGUUAUAAUGGAAUAUCUCCAGGAAUUAACUGCCUCAGUAUAAAAAAAAAAAAAAAAAAAAAAAGUGGGGGUUUUUUGUUGUUACAUUUUGUUUUUACAGAUGGGAAUUUUUUUUUUUAAGCUGAUAAAGAUAGGAGAAGAGAAAAAAAAAAAAAAGAAAGAGAGAGAGAUUGUUAUAUUGUGCUGUUCGACUAUUUUCCAACGUGUAUUUUCAUAUAAUUUAUAUUUUUUAAAAGUGGGAAAAAAAAAAACAAAA